CCAUUCAUCUCUCUUCAUUGACUAUUUGAUUUGUCGUUUUUUUGGCUUUUGUAUCAUUUCUGUAUGCCACUAUCACUAUCACGGCGUCAGGAGUUUCAUUAAUUUUUCCCCCUCCUCCAUUCAUACUUGAGUAUUAUUGGUUUUUCCAAAUCUUCAGUAGGGAGGGGUCUAGCGUUUUCACAUUUGGAAAUUGAUUCAAGGAUUAUUUUAUUUCAUUAUGAAGGACAUUUUCAAUCUUCGAGUUUCCUUUACUUUUUUGUUCCUCUUUUUGCUUUUGGGUAGAAUUUCUGCACAAAGUUCUUUUGUUACUUCUACCUCAAGUCACGUCUCCACGUCAAUAUCAAGUACAGAUUCUCCCCAAUCAUCAGCAACACAAACACCAUCCCCUAUAACCUCUAUAUCACUCACUCCGGCCAUGUCCUCCAGCUCCGUCGCAUCAUUUUUCUCCGCGCUCGCUACCUCAGAACCUUCCGCCCCCAAUGACCCUUCCGCAGGAGAUGCCGCAAGUUCCGCUGGAAGCAGUGGUGUUGAUAGUGAUGCGGGAGCAUCAGGGACUUCGAGUGGGGGCGUACAGUUGUCGACGGGAGCUUUGAUUGCGAUUAUUGUUGCCAUCGUUGGCGUGUGUAUUUUUGGAAGUAUGAAUCCUUUCUUCCCUACUCCUGAUCCCCUAAAAGAAACCCAGCAAGCUAACACCUCAAACAGUAAUCUCCGCAACACUCUUCUAUCUAGCCAAAAAGCGUUCCUGGGAAGUGCGCAAGAAACUCCGUGCGUCAGCUCGCAAAGUAGCUGUUGCAUUAACACCCAGAAGAGCUACAUUCGGCAAGGAUGCGCUUAAGAGACCUAGUAAUCGCGGGUUGGAGAGAAUUGACGAAGUGCCGCCCACGCCAAAAAUAUCGAAGACAUUUGUGAGUGUGAACGAUGUCGAGAAAGGGGAAGGAAAGACGAUGGAAUUCGAGUUGUCGGAAGCGCCAAAAUCGAAGUGGGCGAGGAGAACGAGGAGUGAUAGAUGAUAGGUGAUGAUGGCUGCCGGGACGGCUUUUGUUUUGUGUUCUGAUGUUUCAAUGUUUGAUACCCAUGGGAUGAAUGAUAUGAAAAGGAUAAAAUGUAUGGAUCGUCUCGUCGUUCUGCGAAUAAUGGUAUUUGUUUCUGUUGGGUCAUAGUUUGCAGGUAUCCGAAUUCCUGGGGUUUGAAGAUUUUGUAUUAUGAAAGGGGUAUCAUGAAGUCUUAAUCUUCGGACAAUUACAAUCUUCUGAAAACAUUCCCACUGGCGCUUCGUCUUG